CGGCCUCGCCGUGAGGGGGCCCCCGGAGGAUGCCGCUGGGCGGAGGCGGCGGGGGGCCGGCGGCGGCGGGGCCCCCCGGCGGGUCGCGCUCGCUGAGCCCCGCCGCGCUGUCCCGCAGCCUGUCCCGCCUGCGGCAGCACCGCGCCCGCUCGCGGGCCAUGCUGGCCCUGGGGGUCACGCAGAUGGCGCUCGGCUGCCUCAUCGUGGCCGUCAGCUUCGCCGCCCUGGCGCUCACCACCUCGGCCCGCGUCCGCCACUCCUGCCCCUUCUGGGCCGGCUUCUCGGUGCUGUUGUCAGGACUGAUUGGUGUUGUUUCAUGGAAGAGGCCCCUUUCACUUGUGAUAACCUUUUUCAUGCUGCUGUCUGCAGUGUGUGUAAUGCUGAACUUGGCUGGUUCCAUUCUCUCGUGUCAGAAUGCUCAGCUGGUAAAGUCCCUGGAAGGAUGUCAGCUGAUUAAAUUUGACAGUGAUGGCGUCUGUGUUUGCUGUGAAAUGCAGCAUCAAACAUCAGGUUGUAGUAACCUUGGAGAAACACUGAAACUGAACCCUCUACAGGAAUGUAAUGUUGUGAGGUUGACCCUAAAGGAUCUGUUGUUCAGUGUAUGCGCUCUCAAUAUCAUCUCCACCAUUGUCUGUGCUUUGGCAACAGCGAUGUGUUGCAUGCAGAUGGUUUCUUCUGAUCUUCUGCAAAUGGAUGAUAUCACACAGUUUCUGCCACAGCGGCCACAUUCUGCCAAUCCGGACUGCAUGACUCCGCACGGGACUGUCCUGCAUCAAACCUUGGAUUUCGAUGAAUUCAUACCACCAAUACCACCUCCACCCUACUACCCACCGGAGUACACCUGCACACCUGUGGUAGAGGCACAGAGUAGAGGACUCCAUUUGGACUUUCCGCAUUCCCCAUUCAGUGCUUUGUAUGAAGUCACCAUUAACAGCCCAGGAAUAUUGUAUCCAACUGAGCUGCCCCCUCCUUAUGAGGCAGUCAUUGGAGAGACGCCUGCCAGUCAGGUCACUGGUACUGAUCAGCAAGUAUCUGAAUCAAGCUUGGGUGAGAGGAACAUGACCCCGGGCUUCAGCACACAAGCUUCUGGUGAGAGCACCUCAUUGAUGGUCUCUGAGGCUGCUGAUGUCCCAGACCACAGCUGCUCCUCCGAAGAUCUUUGUUCACUAGAAGUUCAGGGCUCUCUCCGUUCAGCAGAUUUUUCUCCCUGCUGUGCAAGCCGCAAAGGAGCUACAGGCCAGAGCUGCAGCAGUCUGGAUUACAGCAUCCGCUGCAGGUUCCACAGAACUUGCUCAGAGGGUUUUCCUGAUGAGGAUGACAGUUUGCACAGCAGAACAUCUAUGGACAAGUCACAAGGACAGGAAAAUGAGGACUGUGCCCACGGCAGAUCCUCAGACUGUUCCUCAGAGAAUUUCAGCCCCUCAGAAAGAGAAUUGCAGAGUUCUGCUCAAGAAAGCGAUGUCAUGUCACAUUUGAAAGAAAAGAAGAUCUGCUGUAUGGUCUCUAGCCAGCCUGCUGUCCCUUCCCAGACUGCUCCCUGUUUUGGACCUCCAAAUACUGCAUCAUAUGCAAGUAGCCCUGAGAGUACUGUCCAGCAGCAGCAUGUGACAAAAUACCGAAUUUCAAAUAUAGUCCGAUCAUCGAGUGAUCCUGUAUCGUGUUCGUCUUAUGCAGAAGGUGAUCAUUGUACCUGGACUACUCCUACAUGUAGACAGCAUCAAGAUGCAGGAUUAUCUCCAGCAACAUCAGAAACAGUUCCUGUUUCUGAUUCUCGUAUGGCUGCCUCUGCUUGUCAGCAUUCUUUGAGCUGUUUCCCACCAACUGGAAAACAGAGGGAUACAAGGAAAAUUGAUUUCCACUUAAAGCCAAAGGCUUUGCGAACAGCCUCAAAAGAGCGACCACGCUCUUUAGUGGACCUUAAGGCAUAUAAAGACACAAAAAUUUUAGUUGCCAAAUUUUUGGAACAUUCAAACUGUAAUCUCCCUCCAGAAGUACGUCACGUAGUGAACAGUAUACGAUCAGUAAUAAAAUCUGAUGAAAGACACAUGGAAGAAGCCAUCUUCAGUGCCAAUAUUAUAGACCAGGUUAUAACAAGUUCCCAGCAGAGUGCGAAUACCUCCAGAAAGCGGCUCCAAGAAGAUCUUCAUCUUCAGAGCUGUGGUGCUCUGAGCUCUCCAGUUGCCUUCUUACACAGGUCCCAUAUCACUCGCAGGUUAGAGCGGGACAGGCCUCACAGUUUAAUUGGAGUUUGCCGGGAGACCAUCCUUUGAUAAUAUUCACAGGUAUGUGAUACCAGCAGAGAGAAUUAAGGAAGAAACCAGGACUGGGAGAAAUACAAGUAGUGGAUGGCUUAAAAAGGAAAAAGUGUCUUUCUUUGGAAUUCCACUUUUUUCCAAGAGCAGGAAGAGAACACCUCAUUUUCUGAAUGUAAAUUUCAGCCCUGCAUUUUGAAAAAUUUUAACUGAUUUAUUAGUAAACUCGUAACAAAUGUUUUCUCAACCAGAAAUGCAUAUAUUCCACUGUACUUAGAGAAAUGCUGUUGAUGAUGUCUAGCAUUUCUUGAAAAUCAUUGCAAAACCACCACAGACUGACUGUACAACUUAAAAGUUGUAUUUAUUUAAUGUACCUCAAAGUGUUUUAACUAUGAUCAGUGUUUUAAUAAAAAGUAUUUCUGGACUUUGGUUUUUCAACAACUGAUUUGGAUAGAAAUGUAAAGGUGACUCAUAUGCACAUACAGUGCUGCUUCUAAUUCAUUUUUCCAGUGUCUUUCAUGCCAGGCUAACUGAUCUGUUGUAUUUAAAUUCUUAUUAUUCCUCCCUCUCCCUGCCCAUCCCACCCUACCCUCAAGAUGUUGCCUUUUUCAAUUACACUAAAGGUUGCAGUGUGAAUUGUUUUUACUUUGUUCUGAAUGCUCCAGAGUUUAUUAGGUGGAGUAGUAUGUGCUAUUGAAAACUGAUGUUUUGAGUACUCUGUGAAUUAUGUCCAGAAGGUGCAUUAGGGAAGAAGUCUCUGAAAUUCUGCAUUUCCGAAAAGAAGAUUUUAUAAACUUACAAAUGCCAAGUGACAGGAAACCAGGUGAAUUUUUAUUUAGCAGAGCCAUAAACUUUUUUUUUUUUUUUUUUUUUUUGAAAAAACUGUUAUUCCAAUUAGUAGUUUGGAUAAUCGUAUUACUAAAACAUUUCCUUGUGGCUCUGCUGCAUUUUUGAUUAAUUUAAAUUUAUCUUAAAAAAAAAAAAAAGUAUUCUUGAUGCUAAUUUGAUUACCAGCAUAAGCACAGGCCUACCAGCUAUGUCUUCUAGUGCAAGCUUCAUCUUGGCUCUCUCAGAGGAAAUUGGAAAAGGCCUUAAAGAAAAGGUUCUCCUAAAGAACCUACCACAUGUUGACGUUUCAGGGUUUAUUUAUUUAUUUAUUUAUUUUGCAGCAGUGCUUGUCAGUAGCGUUUCAGUUUCCAUUGGAGGUUUAAUCAUAUACUGGUUUCAGUUGUGUCAUUCUGAGCUGAGCAGACAUCCUGUGAAAAGGUCACAAAUGAAUGUAGCUGAAGAUGGGUAGCUUAAGUUUUACAGAAUAAUCCAUUUUAAUGUAUUUUAAGUAUAGCAUGAUUCUGUACUGAUGUGAAGUUACAGUGACAUCCAGUGGCAACCAGGUAUGCUAUUUGAAAACAUCUACUCUGAAGAUGGUAAUACUGAUAUAUGAUGUUAGUUCAAGAGAUGAACUGCCUU